AAAUGUAUCGUUUGGGUAGGAUCAAGACGAGACAAGUCUUAGAGCAAUUAUGCUUAGAGCUACAGCUGGAGAAAAUGGCAGUCCGGGAGGGAGUUAGAAUGCUAGGAACAAUUCCCCCGACCAAACUGGAUGAAAUUAUACCUCCAGUAGCUGACUUCCCUGCUAGGCAUAUCGGACCCAGGAAACAUGAUGCCAGGAAAAUGCUAAAGCAGCUUGGAUAUGCCUCCCUUGAUGAACUAACCAACGCAGCUGUUCCUGACAAUAUCAAACUCAAUAGAGACUUACUUUUAGAUACUCCCUUGUCUGAGUAUGAGGUGAUCAAAAGAGUGCAGCAGAUUGCUGCAAGAAAUCAGAUCUGGAGAUCUUAUAUUGGUAUGGGAUAUUACAACACUGCUAUCCCCCACACCAUCCUGAGGAAUAUGUUCGAAAAUCCAGGGUGGACGACCCAGUAUACACCAUAUCAGCCAGAGAUUGCACAGGGACGUCUUGAAUCUUUGUUGAACUACCAGACAAUCAUAACAGACCUCACAGGUUUGGAUGUUGCAAAUGCUUCUCUACUUGAUGAAGGAACAGCAGCUGCUGAAGCAUUGGGACUUUGCUAUAGAGUAAACAAAAGAAAAAGAUUUCUGUUGUCCAACAAGCUUCAUCCCCAGACCAUUAGUUGUGUUGAGACCCGAGCAGGACCUUUUGGUAUCAAGAUAGAGGUUGUAGACAUCAACACUGUAGACUUCUCUGGAAAAGAUAUCGGAGGCAUCAUCUUCCAAUAUCCUGACACUGAGGGAUCAAUCCACAACUUCUCAGAUAUUGUUGCUGAAGCCAAGAAAAAUGGAACCCUUACUAUUUGUGCUACUGACCUUCUAGCUUUGACUAUUCUGAAACCUCCUGGAGAAUUUGGGGUUGAUGUUGCUCUAGGAACUAGUCAGAGGUUUGGAGUCCCCAUGGGAUAUGGAGGACCCCAUGCUGGAUUCUUUGCUACCAAGAACCAGUAUGUUAGGCAUAUGCCUGGCAGAAUGAUUGGAGUGACCAGAGAUGCAGAUGGAAAUGAGUGCUUCAGAUUGGCACUGCAGACAAGAGAACAGCAUAUUCGAAGAGAUAAGGCGACUUCCAAUAUUUGCACAGCACAAGCUCUUUUGGCAAACAUAUCAGCAAUGUAUGCUGUAUACCAUGGACCAGAGGGACUUGAAGUCAUUGCACGAAGAGUACAUAAUGCAGCUCUGCUUCUUGCUAAAGGUCUGAGAGAGUCUGGAAAUAUCAUUGAAAAUGAAUUGUUCUUUGAUACCAUUAAAGUAAACACCAGACUAGACAUAUCAGAAAUUAAGACAAGGGCAGCAGAACAGAAGAUCAACUUGCGAUACUUUGCUGAUGGAUCUGUUGGAGUAUCACUGGAUGAAACUGUGAAUCAAAAGGAUAUAACAGACCUUCUAUGGGUGUUCCAGUGUCCUAAGACCAUUUAUCAGGUAGCUGAAGGUGUAGUAUCUCCAAUGUAUCCCGAGGGAUCAAUCCUUUCUUCAGAAGUCUUCCAGAGAACUUCACAGUUUCUGACUCACCCAGUCUUCAACUCUCAUCAAUCAGAGACAGACAUAGUUAGGUAUAUGAAGAGACUGGAGAACAAAGAUGUGUCUCUUGUCCACUCCAUGAUACCCUUGGGAUCCUGUACCAUGAAACUGAACUCAACUACUGAAAUGAUGCCUUGCAGUUUCCCAGGGUUUACAAAUAUUCAUCCAUUUGCCCCUCCUGACCAAGCUUUUGGGUAUAGGCAACUGUUUGAAGAGCUUGAGAGAGACCUGUGUGAGAUAACUGGUUAUGAUCAUAUUUCCUUCCAACCUAACAGUGGAGCUCAAGGUGAAUAUGCUGGGCUUAGAGCAAUUAUGUCAUAUCUUGAGUCAAAAGAUCAAAUUAACAGGAAUGUCUGCCUCAUCCCCCUGUCUGCUCAUGGAACUAACCCAGCAUCUGCUCAGAUGGCUGGCAUGAAUGUUGUGCCAAUCAAGACAAAAACAGAUGGUACAAUUGAUAUGGAUGAUGUCAAGAGUAAAAUUGCUGCUCAUAAAGACAAUCUUGCAUGUCUCAUGAUAACUUACCCUUCAACCAAUGGUGUGUUUGAAGCAACAGUUGCUGAGAUUUGUGAUCUUGUCCAUGAAGCUGGGGGACAGGUAUACCUUGAUGGUGCUAAUAUGAAUGCUCAAGUUGGUCUUUGCCGUCCUGGAGAUUAUGGAUCAGAUGUAAGUCAUCUUAACCUGCACAAAACUUUCUGCAUUCCUCAUGGAGGAGGUGGGCCAGGAAUGGGACCUAUUGGAGUUAAAGCUCAUCUUGCUCCCUUCUUACCUUCUCAUCCUGUUAUAGCUACAGGAUCUGCUACUUACAUGGGUAAAUUGGCGAAACCAUUUGGUGUUGUUAGUGCUGCUCCUUAUGGUUCUGCAGCAAUCCUUCCAAUUUCCUGGGCAUACAUCAAGAUGAUGGGUGGAAGAGGGUUAAAGAGAGCUACUCAAGUAGCAAUUCUCAAUGCUAACUACAUGUCCAAUCGUCUUAACAAGCACUACAAAACCUUGCACAAGGGUCAGAAUGGACUUGUUGCUCAUGAAUUUAUCAUAGAUGUUAGAGAUUUCAAGAAGACUGCAGGAAUCGAGGCCAUUGACAUUGCCAAACGUUUGAUGGACUACGGUUACCAUGCACCAACCAUGUCUUGGCCAGUGACCGGUACCCUUAUGAUUGAGCCUACAGAAUCUGAGGAUAAGAAGGAGCUUGAUAGAUUCUGUGAUGCCCUGAUCUACAUCAGGAGAGAAAUUGCUGAUAUAGAAGAGGGGAAGAUUGACCGCCUCAACAACCCUGUGAAGAAAUCUCCACAUACUCUCAAGCAAAUAUUUUCCUCAGACUGGGAUAGGCCUUACACUAGAGAAAUAGCAGCUUUCCCAGCACCUUUCGUUACAUCUGACCGUAAACUAUGGCCCAGCGUUGGACGAAUUGAUGACAGCUAUGGAGAUAAGAACUUAGUGUGCACCUGCCCACCUAUGGAGUCCUAUGAGUCUCCUUACAUUGUAAACGAUGGAACUCCUCAGGAUGAGAAGGAUUCUGCUGAAAUGUGGUAACUUCAUUGUAUGUCAUUGUGGAUUCUAUUGCAUGUAAAAACAUUUAAAACAGUUUUAUCUAUUCAAGGUGAAAGGUUUGUUAUGAAAACAAUAAUCAUUAAUAUAAAUCACUUUUUGAGAAAUUUCAAAAAAAGGACAAAAAGAUGUAAAUUGUUUGGAUUAUGAAAUAUAUUUUGUAAAUCUU